UCCCAUCCCUUCUCCGUCUUUGCCCUUCUCCUUCCCCAGAUUUUCCCCCUUAAACCCUGCCUUACCCGCCAAACUUCUCCUCCCUUUCAAACGCUGAUUCAAGCCCUUCUUUUCUCUCCGUCCUGGAUUUCGUGGGUUCUGCUCCAAUCUCAAUUCGUGAUUCAUCGUGGAAGCAUAUAUAGUUUCUGCAUUGCUAAGCCCAAAUCUGUGUUACUGUAUAUGAAUGGCAAACCAGGAGUUGAUGAUUGCUGGCAACCGAGAUGUCUCCUUUAGACAGGAGCAUUUUGCCGGGAUUAGGCAUAAUAACCAUGAACUGUUUCCUGGUCAUGACUACAACUUUGCAUUGGAACAGAUACAGGAUUCCAAUUUACAUAUGGGCCUUUCUCGUGAGCAAAAUGGGGUUUGGAAUCAUAACCAGGAGCAUAAGGUAGUACCUCAUACAGACCCACAGAUACAUAAUGACGAAAUACGUGAAGGGCAAAGCUUGGAGGGAGAAAACGAGGCUGAUUCUCAUGAUAACCAGAGUGGGAUCUACGACCAUGCUUUCGAUAUUUCUUUUCCCGAUAACGAUGGCUCGGGAACACCAGAGAAUGACAAGCUAGGUAUAAUAGGAUCUCAGGAGCUCAAUGAUAACUUGCAGUUGGCAGUGGGUCAUAGCAUGAACAGGGAUAAUCUUAUACCUGCCCCGAUCACUGGUAUGUCGCAGUCAAUAGAAAUGAUUCCCGACAUCAUUCAAUCCUCCCGGCCUCUUCUUACAUCCCCUGAGCAUGACUUGACCGUUGGUCGGGAGUUCUCGGAUGUUCAUGCUUGUAGAAGAGCACUGAGAGAUGCAGCAAUUGCCCUACGCUUUGAGAUGCAAACUGUCAAAUCUGACAAAACCCGCUUCACUGCAAAAUGCACGGGCGAGGGUUGUCCAUGGCGGAUUCACUGUGCCAAGCUUCCUGGUGUACCGACCUUUACGAUAAGGACUAUUCACGGGAGUCACACUUGUGGUGGUAUUGCACAUCUCGGUCAUCAUCAAGCUUCGGUUCAAUGGGUUGCUGAUGUUGUAACAGAAAGGCUGAAGGAGAAUCCGCAUUACAAGCCUAAGGAGAUACUUGAGGAAAUCCAUCGAGUUCAUGGAAUCACACUCUCAUACAAGCAAGCAUGGAGGGGGAAAGAACGUAUAAUGUCUGCGUUUCGUGGGUCAUUUGAAGAAGAUUAUCGUCUUCUUCCUCAAUAUUGUGAUCAAAUCAGAAGUACAAACCCUGGAAGCAUUGCAUCUGUCCAUGGAAACCCGGUUGAUGGGAGCUUCCAACAAUUAUUUAUUUCCUUCCGAGCAUCAAUCAGCGGUUUCCUAAAUGCUUGUCGUCCUCUUAUUGCGCUGGAUAAAACUGUUCUGAAGAGCAAAUAUCUCGGGACGUUGCUUAUUGCCACUGGCUUUGAUGGAGAUGGCGCUGUUUUUCCUCUGGCAUUCGCCGUUAUUGACGAGGAAAACGAUAGGAACUGGCACUGGUUUCUGUUGGAAUUGCAUCAGCUGCUCGAAAUUAACUCGGAGAACAUGCCUAGGCUCACUAUCUUGUCUAGUAGGGAGAAGGUCAUUGUCGAUGGAGUCGAAGCUAAUUUCCCGACGGCAUUUCACGGUUUUUGUGUUCAUCAUCUCGCGGAAUGCUUCCGUAAGGAAUUCAACAACCCUACUCUCGUGACCCUUCUUCGAGAGGCUGCACAUUCGCUCACCUUCCUCGACUUUGAAACAAAGAUCCAUGAGGUCGAACAGAUAUCCCCAGAAGCCGCCUUGUGGGUACGUAACAUCUCUCCUGCUCUAUGGGCCUCGGCAUACUUUGAAGGGACAAGGUUUGGACAUUUAACGGCGGACGACGACGUAAGCGAGCUGCUCCACACUUGGAUCCAGGAUGCUUCGGGCCUUCCGAUAAUCCAAAUGAUGGAAUGUAUCCGCCGCCAGCUGAUGACAUUGUUCAACGAACGCCGUGAAAUCAGUAUGCAGUGGUCUGGAAUACUCGUCCCCUCCGCCGAAAGACAUGUCCUCGAGGCCAUAGAGCAGUCUCGGGUUCACCGAGUUCACAGAGCUAACGAGGCGGAGUUCGAGGUCAUGACCAACCAAGGGAACUUCAUAGUGGACAUCCGGAAUCGUUCUUGCCUGUGCCGUGGAUGGCAGCAAUGCGGUCUGCCCUGCAGCCACGCGGUCGCGGCCCUCCUUUCUUGCAGACAGAAUGUCUACCGCUUCACGGAGAGUUGGUUCACGGUGGCGAGUUACAGAAGAACAUACUCAGAAACCAUACACCCGGUUCCGGACAAAGCUCUGUGGAAGGAGACAGAGACAGAGACGGGAUCGGAGAGAGAGAAAGGGGGUAAUGACGAGGUUGUAAUAGGACCGCCGAAGAUGCUGAGACCGCAGCCACGGCCGAGGAAGAGACGGUGCCAGGCUGAGGAAGGUGGCCGACGGAUGAAACGGGUGGUUCACUGUAGCAGGUGUAAUCAGACAGGUCAUUUCAGAACAACUUGCACUGCUCCUAUAUAGCUCUGAUGAUGGAGUUUUCUUUCGGCCAUUACUUUUUUUAGGGUUUAGGGUUCUUUCAAGGGUUACAAGCUACAAUUAGAAUUGUGUGUUUGAUCAGAUCUUUGAGAUGAUUGGGGCUGUUUUUAAAGCAACCUUUUCUGGGUUUAAAACUAAACCAGGGAAUGGUGUUUUUAAAGAUUCUCAGACAUGGAAGCUCUCAAGUCACAGCUUAGUGUCGUAUA